GUAUUUCCGCUUAGCCCUUUUUGUCUUUUUCUUUUUCUUUUUUUAAAUUGUUCCAAUCUAUUGGUGACUCAAGGAUUGGGUACUUUUGCAUAUUGGUGAUCCGUAUGGCGUUGUUGCUCGUUCUCGUCCUCCUUCGCUUGCAACCCUUGGUCUGGAGGUCACCCCAUAGAUGCGGAUCUUAUGUCAUGCUGCUGCUUGCUGCAGCCGACCUGCUUCUUCUCCACCUCCCGGUUGCCCUCGUUCCGACGAAGAUGGGUGUGUUUGCAGUCUCUCUGGACAUGGACAUGGCUUUUAAAGAACAAUGCCACGACCCAAGCGGCUGCUCAAACCGCAGCAGCGGAACCAGAUCAUCUCCGCCGUUGCCCAAUCUCGGCAAUGUCGGCAUUGAUCCCGGUCCAAUCACAUCGUCUUCUGCAGUUGGGCUAGCAAAUCGUGAUGACGAUCGUGAUAGUUUGGGUGAUGGCGAUGGCGACAAUGUCAGAUUCCUAGUGAAGGAGGGCAAGAACCAGACGACGGAUCGUGUAAGGAUCUUGGAGCAUCGUCUCGAUCAUCAUCAUCAUCAUCUUGUGAGACAACUACAGGAUAUGAUUAUCACUGUCAAGUGGACCGGGCACAACGCGAGCUUAGUGUCAUCGUCCGCCACGGUGAUCCAGCGAAGCCGUAUCAGUAUUGACAGAACAACUGUUGCCGUGAUUGCUGAUGGAUCACUUUCACCGGUAGUCUACUUCAUAGAAAACGACUCAGUGGGUACUAAGUCGCGGAUAGUAAAGGCUAUGUACUGUAGAUACUGCACUGCGACGGAAUAUACGUUUUCUGACGUGGGCGAUUUGUACUGGUCAGGGACCGAAAGAUUUUAUAGCCUUUUGCUUGACUCAGGUUACAUUCUUCUGGCUGACAAUACCUAUGAUGCGGUUCGCAAGGUGGGCUUAUACAGCGGCUCCGACAGGGAAGAGUACAGCAAUCUUGAGAGACCACUGGGGCUGGCGAAGCAUCCGGAGGAGGGAACCCUGUAUGUCUCAGGAGAGGAUAGGAUCUACGCCAUCCCUCUGGACUACACAUCUUCCCUUAGCGUACGCAAAGUACUUGCAGGCCCCUCGUCCACCAUUAGCACCUAUACGGGUAUGAUGGAUAGCCAGCUCUCGUCAGAAGUUCGCUUUGAUGGAGCACGUAUCAACCCUCGGUCCAUCACUCCGGAUGGCAGCGUGCUAUAUUUAGCAGAUUCAGGCAAUAAUAGGAUCCGGAUGGUGAACACGGCAACGGGUGCCACGGAAACGGUACUCACUGGGAACGUAUACUCAAACUUGGGUCUCUUGGACGCUGAUCCUGUCGCCACUCGGGCACCGUUUAGCUCUCCUUUGUCGCCUGUUCUCACAACCAAUGGCUGCAAUAUGUUCGUGGGGGAAGACAGGGGUAAUGGAAGGAUCCGAUGGAUAACGUUCUCCUCUCCUGGUGGUCGGGUCCUCCAGGUCAAGACAAUCAUAGAGUUCACCGAGCCCACAGGCAUCACCAUCACCAGUCUUACCCUUUCGGACGAUGACGGGUACCUGUUCGCUGGCUUAUCUAUCCCUGGCAUAGUCAGGUUCAAAAUUUACACCUCUGAUCUUCAUGACUGUGGUCCAUCAUCACCUACACCGACACCAGCACCAGUCGCACGACCAACACAACCACCUCAGUCGACACCUCAGUCGCCAGUUGCAGAACCCUCACGUUCAGCGCCACCUGUGGAAAAGUCAGAUACCUUGCAAAACGGCGCAGGAGGACACAUAGAGUCAACGCCAAUUAGCUCAGUGGAAAACACGGGGUCUGAUAUAAUAGAAACCGAUGUUGUCACAGCAAGCAGCAGUGGAGGUGGGCCCUCCCCAGGUGGUGAUAAUGGCAAGGGCGCAUCUAGAGUGAUCGUGGCCGUUGGUGUGAGCAUAGCCGCCUUCGUUGUUGUUCUUCUCGCAGGAAUUGCUUUGUUUGUGUUUCUCAAGAAGCGUGUAGCGAAGACCGCUCAGGGCAAUGAACCCCCAUUAGCGCAACCAGCAACGGCGCCGAACAACAAGGCUGCUCUUGAGGAAUGUGUUGGUCUUUCUGUUCAGCCCAAUUGUCCUCGGGAUCUGCCUCAACGAGGUCAGCUAGAACCUUGCGUGAUGCCAUUGACGCCAUCAUCUUCAGUGCAUUGCACGAGCGGCGUGGAGAGUGGAGUAGGGAGACGAGAGGUGUCUGUGGGAAGCGAAAUGACUGUAGGCAGUCAAAUCGACGAGAGUGACCCUAUGCUGGGAUCUGUGCCAGGGUUAACGAGAUUCACAUUAUCGGAGCUGCAAAUCGCAACUGCCAAUUUCGGACCCAAUCACCUGCUCGCUGGCAAAGGAGGGGGGUUUGGUGACGUAUACAGGGCUACUGUCAUGGUCGGACAAAGUCCGGCUGACGUGGCAAUCAAGGUCAUGAAACAGAGUUUUGACAGAGCCAACAACACUCUCAGGCGCAGGCAAUUUGCCGCAGAGCUGAAAACGCUGAACGAGCUGCGGCAUAAGCACCUUUGCAAGCUAGUAGGGUUCUGUCUCGAGAACGACAUGUGCGUACUGGUCUACCCGUUCAUCACAGGCGGUAGUCUGUACGAUCGUCUGCACGGAGAUGCUGCCUCCGCCGCUGCUGCAGCAGGAGGUGCACAGGCGGGGGCAGCCACUCCGGGUCAAGAUAUCGGGCCAAACUUGGAUCUUGCUGAGCGAUUGUCCAUUGCCAAGCAGAUGGCCACCGUUUUGCGGUACAUGCACCACGAAGUGGACCCCCCCGUCCUCCACCGCGAUAUCAAGACGCGAAAUGUCAUGGUCAAGGGAGAAGGCAAGAACCUCUGCGUUAUUUUGAUCGACUUUGGGCUGGCCAAACUGGUUGAAGCGCCACAAGACCAGCCACAGCGGGGCGCUCAAGACCCUCAAGAUACAACCGGGGGGGGACGAGGGGGUCCACAGCAGACGGUCAUUACUUUCACAGUGUCCGGCACCCCCGGAUACAUGGCGCCUGAGUACAUUACUCAGAUUAAGUUGACGUCAAAGAACGAUGUGUACGCAUUUGGCGUUGUUUUACUGGAGCUUCUCACAGGCCAUAAGGCAGUCUGGAUGUCACCAUAUUCGCCCGGUGAGCAGGAAUGCCUCACGAGCUGGUCACGGCGAUUUCCGUUCCAUGAAGGCGCGGCGGCAACGUACAGCCAACUGGAACCGUUUUUCGACUCCCGGUUGAAGUCAACUUUUAAAACCCCCGAGGACUGGCAAGUGGCUUACUAUCUCGCACUGCUGGCCAUGAUGUGCACAAAUGAUUGCCCUGACGACAGACCGACUGCACAACAGGCUUUGGCACACAUCGACCAGUUCUGCAAGCAAAUACCGUGCUCCAGUGGCGAAGGCAAUGACGAAGGUGAGAACAAUGGCGGCGGCGAGAAUGACGGGUGCGGCAAGGACGAAGGCGGCAGUGGCGACGGCAAUGACGGGGGCGAGAACAAUGGUGGCGGCAAGAAUGACGGCAGCUGCGAGGACGAAGCAAAUAAUAAUUUCAAUCUUUUUUAUCUUCGAGCUUUGAGAAAAACAUCUGGAGAAGCUUCUAGUCUUCAUCCAGUUUUUUUGAAGGCGGCAGCGAGGACUAAGGCGGCGGCGAGGACGAAGGCGGCGGCCGCAAAGGUGAUGACGCAAAGACCUAGGCGACGGCCAUGGCGAAGGCGAUGUCGCCAGGACGAAAGCUGCGGCGGCGGCGGUGGCAAGGACAAUGGCAGCAGCGACGACGAUGGCCUCCACCUUUAUCUCAUCACGUCCGAGCACAAUAGCAUGCCAUCCGGGAGGCAGCACCUGCGACCCGCAGAGGAGAGUCCAGCUGACGUGGCCAGUGAUCGUCGAGGUGUGCUGUGUGGCAUUGCUGACUCCCCACUCGUUUACUAUGGUGAGAAGCAUAAGGCUGACGUGGCAUUGUUUGACGUGGCACACCGUUACCUGGCUGACGUGGCGUUGUACACGCUGGUACCGUUUCUGAUGUUGGGACGCUUCAUGAGCGAUGGUAUUUUUUCAAACCGUGCUUGUCAGCAGGAUCCCAGGUUUGGAGAGACCGAUGGAGGCGGCCGGAUGACCGUGUUGCCCGCAGGUAGGAAGGCAUGGAGCAGGGAGAAGCGGGAAGACCUUAUUUUCCUACAUAUGAGAUAUACCAGCAGGGCCAUGGAAGCCUUUUCCUUGCGGAGCCUGGUGAUGAGCGCUCUACGGCGUUUGGUGGGUGUUGAAGCUAGGGAAUGGUUGGAGAAGGUGGUGUUUGGGUGGACAUACGAGAAGCCCGUGGCGGCGCACGUAUGCAGGCCGAAGGAGGUGUUCAAAGAUUUUGAUAUAGAGCACUGGACGGACCACUAUGACCCUGCACCGUGUCACUGCAGAUCGGAGAGGUACAUGCGGUUCCAGUCGAAGAAGACCCUAGAGCUUCUCCCGGGCGCCGAGCACAUGCACGUGCUGACCAUGGAUGCGGACAUCACGAGCAAUUGUAGGCUGCGAGCGAUGAUCAAAGCCGGGCUCAACCACAUUCCGUUGAGGGUUUUUGACGUCGACGAAGCUCUUUUCGAACUCAAUGGGUUCAUGGACAAACUUAUUAUGGCCUCCUACGACAUAGCGAGCAUGGGUGAGCAUCAGAGACGAAGGCUCAAGCAGAUCGUGCUGGACAGAGCGAAGGAUCCGAUCUGGAUCUACCCUAGGGAGUUCAUAGAAAUGAAGAAAACGACCGAGGUAAAAAAUGAAGAAGGACAGGGCAUUGUGGAUAACUUCCUGAACAUGACUAUCAUCGUCUCUUCCACUCACGAAGGACACUUCUCCACGACAAGGCACGACAAGAAGAGGGGGCUGAACUUCUCCCCCAUUAGGUUCAUCAAGUUUAAUUCCAAUCGCAGCGCAGCACAGUCACUCCAAGUCAUCACUGCACAAGUAGUUUUUAUCCUCAUACUGUGCUCGGACCCGCGCGAGGCUGCCAGGGAAAUCGACGGCGUUGUUAGAGCUCUCUUUGACAACGGCUUCGAAACCGGCAGAUGUUGGGCCGUGGUGAAGAAACUGUUCACAGGAAGGAACUUCAAGGAGCACGAGAACGAGAAUGAGAAUGAGAACGAGAACGAGGAGCGCGAGAACGAGAACGAGAACGAGAACAUGAAUGAGAACGAGAAAGAGAAAGAGAAAGAGAACAAGAACGAGAACGGGUCGAACGGGAACGAGAACGAGGAGGAGGAUCACUCGAAAUUCGUGCGUGGUAGUCAUUUGGGCCGGUUGGCGAGAAAACUCCAGGGUGGGUGUUCGUAUUCAAUCGGGUACUAUUUCUACGACCUGAGUCCGGUCUCCGGGGAGCCGCAAUUGCUGAAUUUUGCGGACGGAGGGCUGUCAGAUAUGGGUCGGAGAUUGCACUCUCCGUCGGUGCUUAGUUCCCAGCCUGCAAAAGUCGUUACUCGGAUACUCCUCAAAGGAAACCACAGACCCGCUGCGUUUUUGUAUGGUGAACCUCAAGUCUGGAUGGACAAAUUGCUGUCUUCUAGUGCUGUUAGGGUGUUGCGUAGUGAACUCAGGAACUGGAGACUUUGUAUAGCAGAUAGUAACGAAUUGCUAGCAUUACGUAGCUCAUGGGCUCGAAAGGCGAAGACUAAGGGCGAGUUGUUGUUUGCAGAUGUUGAGAUCGCACGAACACGAGUUGGUGCGAUGUUAGACCCAGGAUCAACGAGAUCCUACAUCUCCGAGAAGGCAAUCCGUAGGUUGCAUCUCGGCAUGAAGACGAAGAAGAAGCAAGAAGAAGAAGAAGAAGAAGAAGAAGAAGAAGAAGAAGAAGCAAGAAGACGAAGAAGCAAGAAGAAGAAGAAGAAGAAGAAGAAGAAGAAGAAGAAGAAGAAGAAGAAGAAGGAGGAGGAGGAGGAGGAGGAGGAGGAGAAGAAGAAGAAGAAGAAGAAGAAGAAGAAGGGUGAGUCGAAGUUCCCAGAAUCGCUAGCGCAAUACAAAGCUGUCAACAAGAAUACAUCUCCCAGAGUCGUUGAAUCGGACCGCUCUGAGCAAGGUCAGCGGCAUGUCCCCAAGGCGAAGAGGGGUCGUUCAGACAGUCGUUCAGGAAGCGUACCUCCUCGUGGAGCACACGGUUGGGCGAGAACCACGGAAGGCGACGACGACGACGUCUUCACGAUGGAGGAAGAAUCGGUGGAGGCGACCAUGUCCGCCAUGCGCAAGAGUGGUCGCCAGUGGGUGCUUGAGCAAACCUUGGGCAGGAACAAGGAGGUUCUGGUCGAUGUCGGCGGCGAUGAUGACGAGCAGUUGGAACAAUGUCCCCCGUGUGCUCUUACCCAAGCCACCACAACGACGUCAGCGAGGGCACGUGGCGCGGUUGACGAAAGGCUGCCUCGUCAGCAGAACCAUGUUGAAGGGGGGGGGGUCCGUCGAACGCGUUAUAAGGGGGGGAGCCCAGGAGAUGAUCUGCGCAGCCACUACGAAGCUUUCUACUUCGCCAAGCUCGUGGGGAAGCCUACACUCAUCAUGUCCAUGCAUCGGUCCUUCGCCAAGCUCAUGGCGAAGCCUACACUCGUCGCUACAAACGUUGUGACGGAGAGGUUUUGGAAGGCUAACACGACCUUGGGAGAGUACCCGAAGUACAUCCCAGAUUGGGCCCCUUGCGGCAUCGUGUUCGGAUUUGAAGCCAGCAUAACAGGGCCAGAUGACGCGAAGAGGCUGGAUUGGUUGGGCGCGGGCCCCUCAGAGGAUGACAAGGCCGAUGAUGGAAAGGAUGACGCGCAGGGNGGAAAGGAUGACGCGCAGGGCGGCGACGAGGGUGACGGGGGGGGGGGGGGGGGGGGGGGAAUCGACGCAGAUACGCUGUCUGCAUAAGAAACCAAUCUGCGCGAAGAGUGCACUCUUUUUUUAACAUGCGUCCAGUUUUUUUUUUGUUUUUUUUUUUUGGUAUUUUGUUCAAUGCUAUGCUUGAAUGACAAUUGCUAGCUUUGCAUGCAAACCCUUUUUAACAUGCAUCCGCCUUUGUUGCCGCACUUUCAUUGACCGCGUGUUCCACGUUCAGUUGUUGAAAGCGUUGAACGCGCGUUCAAUGAACACGGGUAAACGCU